GUUUUCACGCAGGUAUUUUGCAUCUCGGAGCGUUGAUUGCUACCUUUCCUCGAAUCCUCGCUCGUUCGAAAACUUCACCUCGUGUGAAGCACCGAAGGAUUUACUAUGUCGGUCACUGAAAUCGGCUGUAUGCGUGUCAAGCCUGCACUCGAAGUCAUAAACGAAGACACUCCAGAGGGCCAGAUCCUGAACAAGCUGUACAACUACGUGGUCUCCGCGCCGGGGGGGCCACUUCGCGUAUUCUGGGGUAUCGAGGUGGAAGAUCCGUCCUACCUCUGGGCAUUCUUCGACUGGGAUUCGCUGGAAGCCCAUGAAACCUUCGCCCGAACACUGGGCCAAGAUGCCGUCAAGGAGUUGCCCAAAAUCUUGGCUCGUGGCGGGUUCACGAAGCACAUUACCGCCACGCCGUCUCUGCCGGUCGCCCUGCAGUCCGCGGUCACCCAGGUGGUCUUGGCGUACUUUGCUUCGGACCUGUCGCCCACCGUAGCAGACGCAGCCGUUGCACGUCUCAAGGACUGGGAAGGGAAUGAGAUUGAGAAGGUCUCGGGUAUGGAAGCUCUCAGUUACGGAUGGGGCCUGGAGAAGGACUUGCCCGUUAGGGGCGGCUCAGCAGACCAGAGAGCAUCAAUCUUUCUAUCCGUGUUUGGGUUCAAUGAUGUUGAUGCACAAAGUGACUUUAGGGAGUCUUUGUCACUUGAGAAAUUGUUGGGGCGGAUCCAGGCCACAGAGGGAUUCAUCAAGCUGGAGGCUUUCUCCGUCUGUUUCCGGUCCACGAGCAGACACAGUUAGGGUGACUCUCGGGAGAUGUCAUGUUUUCUCACACAGUGGCUUGUGAAAGCGCAAAUAUCAGUAUCGUCUAGGCAA